CGGCGCGCGAUUCAGUUGUUCCGUGUCCGUACUCGCGCUCGCACGCACCUCGCCUCCUCAAGAACUUUUCGUAAGUUUAGUCAUGGCUCUCCGCUAUGUGUUUGCCGUAUUGGCACUGGCAGGUGCCACGUUCGCGGGCUCGGAGGUCACCGAACUGAAGGUCGAGAAUGUCUACGUGCCUGAGGGCUGCACCGCGAAGUCUAAGAACGGCGAUAUGUUGACCAUGCACUACACCGGCACUCUUGAUGACGGCCACAAGUUUGACUCCAGCUUCGACCGGGACCAACCCUUCACCUUCCAGAUUGGCGUCGGACAAGUAAUCAAGGGGUGGGACCAGGGUCUGCUCGACAUGUGUGUCGGUGAGAAGCGUAAGCUGACCAUCCCGUCCCACCUCGGGUACGGCGAGCGCGGAGCCGGCAACGUGAUCCCCGCCCACGCCACCCUCCACUUCGAGGUCGAGCUCAUCAACAUCGGAGACUCGCCCCCGACCACCAACGUCUUCAAGGAGAUCGACGCCGAUAAGGACGCACAGCUCAGCCGCGAGGAAGUGAGUAUCCAGUUAGCGUUCCAAGCCAUGGACACAGACGGCGAUCAGGAGCUGUCGAGAGAGGAGGUGAGCGAAUAUCUGAAAAAGCAGAUGACCGCCAGUGAAGGGGCCGAAAUGAGCGAUGACAUUAAGAACAUGCUUGAGAGCCACGACAAGCUGGUCGAGGAGAUCUUCCAGCACGAGGACAAGGACAAGAACGGCUUCAUCAGCCACGAGGAGUUCUCCGGACCCAAGCACGACGAACUCUAAACUAGUACAUCACUAGAACCACUCAAAAGUUACACCGACUAUCCUAAUGCCAACCGGAAUAAAUGCAGCUGACAAAACAAAAAAAAAUAUUUAAAAAAUAACCGUAACGUGAGUGCCAAAUAAUUCGGACAUAAUUUUUGUAAUAGUGUAACUUACAUAAGUGGUAAUAUAACUGUACAGGUUUUGCACUGAGUAGGUAAAUCGACAACGAUAUGGGGGCCGAUUAUUGAAUUCCGAUCGCUCGAUUUCGUCACUCGAAAGUCGGUGGAAAACGGCGAAAUGCAAAUUCAAAAAUCGGCCCCAUGGACUGAGAAAUAUCAUACCGGCAACUUUUAUGUGACAGUCAUAUUCGUAGACGAUUUGUAUUCGCAAACGUAAUGGAAUCGAUUUGAACUGUUGUCGGAUAAUAGGUACGAUGGUUUAUGGACCAGAGCACUAUUGAGAUGGCUCAUUGCGUUUUAUAGCGAACUAUAUACUUUUUGUGUGAUGAGUGCUUAUACUCAAUUAGUGUAUCUAAAUUAAAUCUAGGUAAUCCUACUUAUGUACCUUACCUUAGAUACAAGAAUACUUACAUAUCAAAAAGUAAAGUUGCAUUUUGUCGGUUUUUAAUCCGUGCUUAUAGGUAGACUCUGAACAUCUGAGCUCUCCGCUGAACAUUCAGUAUCUGUAUAUACUAUUAUAUUAAUUAUAUUAUUCUACAUUCCUAAGCUGGGACGUUGACAUUUUUUAUAUAAGUAUUUAAUAUUUUGCUUCAUAUAUAACAUUGGCUAACCUCUUAUCUGCAGUGGCGGAUUUGCCCUAACGCCAAGUAGGCCCGGGCAUGGGCGGCAAAUUGUGACAAAAAAUUCGCUGAGGAUAACAAGAAAUGACUCAAAAUGUAGUCAAUAUGAUAGGUGCUGAGAAAGGGGCGGCUACAGGGCCUGGGGCCUAGGGCGGCAGACUGCAAAUCCGCUACUGCUUAUCUGACAAAAAGGUGUUCGCUCUAUUAAAUACCUAAUCUCCUUUGACGAAUAAUACUGUAUGAGAAUAGGUAAAGCUCUAUACACAAUAAUUAAAAAAAUAACGUUCCUUUUUUUUAAUUGUAUACCUACUUACAUGUAAUUGUAAAAAUCUUGUUCUUCUUUUGUUUAUUUUAUCUGUCCCUUCUAAGGCGACGAUGAGCGGUGUACGUGAGUCAUUUUGUAGUUUGUUAAAUCAUUUUGUACUUAGUUUAUGUUUGUUAGAAUGUCGAAUUUGUUGUAAUAAUGUUAAGGGUACAUUUAUGAGUCAGUAAAAUAAAUUUAUUUUUUCUAUUUUCUUUUUAAGUACUUACUGAUGUUUUUACCUAUUUUAUUACCUAUCUGCAUUCAAUAUUAUGGCGUUGUUUUAUUGAUAACGUCUGUGUCAAUUAUAUUUAAUAAAUGUCUAUAAUUAUAUAGCAAUUUAGUCCGCAAUUUACCUGAUUAUAUUCAUGUUUUUGUAGUCACAUAUUGUGUCUGUAAAUGUUUCCACCUUUAGGUAUAAUAGAACUGUACAAUCGUUACUUCCUGUCACAACUGCUACCAGUACUUAAACUAAUUGAAUGUUUUCCGCUGUUGAAUUAAUUAAUAAAACAUAUUUAUAACAAA